UGUUACGUCACGAGGCUGGUUUCGGGCGGACGUGUAGGUAUGAAAAUAGAGGAACAGCCACCGGCGCCAUGUGCCUCUGCUCCGCUCCGGGACUCGGAGAAAGGUUAAAAAACCUGGAGUGCAGAGUCUGAUUGUUAUUCUUCUGCAGUUGAAUUUCACGAACAAUUUAAAGAGCCAUUUGGGAGAAACGACGUGAUGUAGGUGGAGCGUUUUGCGUCGGUUUUGAGUUUGUAACUUGGACUCAAUACAGUUAAAGCGAAAAGGAAACCGCGAUCGAUCCAGAAGUACAACAGCUGGUGUGGAGUCAUGGAAGGACGUGCAAAAGAAGGAGAAGGAGAAGGAGCAGGGGCAGAUCCAGACCAAGAUCGGCAGUAUUGUGAGCUUUGUGGUAAAAUGGAGAACCUCAUGAAGUGUGGUCGAUGCCGCAGUUCUUUCUAUUGCAGCAAGGAUCACCAGAAACAAGACUGGAAGAAGCACAAGCAGGUCUGCAAAAAGGCCGAGACCAGCCCCAGCCUGCCACUACAUACAGACUCUACACAAGUUUGUCGAGGAAAUGAGGAGAAGGAGAAGGAACCAGAACCGCAGGAGAAGAGCAAAACACCGAGCUGCACGGUCUCAGAAAAGUCCAACGGCUCUGCCAGACCGCAUGUGGACGCCGGAAGAAGUGCACCAGUGAUCAAGCCCGGGUCUGGACCUGAGAGCGGAGGAGAUCCUGAACAACCCGCUGAUGACCUGUCCAACGGUCAAACAAUGUCUCCUCAGCAAAAACUGGCCACGGAAUACAUAGGCCCGUGUAUGAACAAGCACGGCAUUUGUGUUGUAAACAACUUCCUUGGUGAAGAUCUUGGACUCGGUGUGUUAGAAGAGGUUCGCCGUCUGUACACCUCUGGAGAAUUUACAGAUGGACAGUUGGUCAGUCAACGAAGUGACUCAACGAAGGACAUACGAGGUGAUAAGAUCGCAUGGAUCGAGGGAAAGGAGCCUGGAUGUGAGAAGAUAGCUGUCCUCAUGAGUCGCAUGGAUGAUAUUGUCCGGCACUGUAAUGGAAAACUGGGAAACUACAGGAUUAAUGGAAGGACAAAAGCAAUGGUAGCUUGUUACCCUGGCAACGGCACCGGAUACGUUCGGCAUGUGGACAACCCUAACGGCGAUGGGAGAUGUGUGACAUGUAUCUAUUACUUAAAUAAAGACUGGAAUGCCAAGGAACAUGGCGGUAUCUUACGGAUCUUUCCAGAUGGUAAAGCCCAGUUUGCUGACAUCGAGCCCUUAUUUGACAGACUGCUGUUUUUUUGGUCUGACAGAAGGAACCCACAUGAGGUCCAGCCUGCGUACGCCACUCGGUACGCCAUCACCGUGUGGUACUUCGACGCUGAUGAGCGUGCUCGGGCUAAAGAGAAAUAUCUGACUGGGGCGGUAGAAAAAGGGGGGAAAGUGGAGUUGAACCGGUCGACUGAGUCGUGCUCACUGAACAAGAGCUGAAUAAACCCGACGAACGACCGGGACGAGAUGGGACAGGUGUUAAUCUUCACCAUGUGUUUUAACCUGCUGCUUGAAGACAUGAAUCUCACAGAGAAGAAGGACAGAAACGACUGCGCUGAGCUCUAAGGGGAUGUGGUCAUGCAAUGACAUGACCACUGCAUGAGUAGGUAGUGUUUGUGCUGCAGAAUUCGUUUGUAAAUAGAAUCAGUUCUCCAACUGCCCAGUGGUCAGCUCUGAUUUUGUGACAACUGCAGACCUGCGAAAGCUUCUCUCUGUGAAGGCAUGUGCUGUAAAUGUCAGAGGACGCCUCCGAUGACAGAGCGUUACGUCUUCUCUUUGAUCCGAUGCCUCCGGCGGAGUUUCACAGCUCUGAAUUGAAACUCUAGUUGAACAAUAAUUGCUGCAUCAGCUUGUAGUCAUUAGUGAAAUACACACCAACGUUCUCUAAUUAACACAUGAGCAACUCGGCCAGAUCCUUGACCCUUUAGUCAAAUCCAUGACGGACAGAUUUCCAUCAUUUCCACACCUUUUUUUAUUCAUUCAUUCAUUCAGUCACUCAUUUGUUCAUUCAUUCGUUCAGUCACUAAUUUGUUCAUUCGUUCGUUCGUUCUGCAAAAGAUCUACACAGCAACUUCUGGUCAUUUAGAGCUUAAAUGAAAGAAGCCUUGGGCCUUGGAUAAACGAUUAAACUUGUCUAAUUUAUUCUGAGAACAGAAAAAGCAGACUUUUUUUUGCUUGUGCAUUUAAAAAAAUGCAUCAGUUAUCAACAACGUUCAGAAUUAUCCACAAUUCAUACGUUAUUAUAAUCUUAAUCUUUUUUCCUUCUUUAUUAAUUCUAUUAAUUGGUGAUUUUUUUUUUACUUGUAAUAACAAAUCUGUGGAUUAUAUGUGGUUGCAGCGUAUAAUGCGAGAAAUAAUGCAGCUGUUUUUAAAUCGAAUGAAAUUAAGCGUGUGUGUGUGUGGAAGGCGAUAAUCUGAACCGUUGUUGUCUUUUUUUUUUCUUCUUUUUUUAAAAAAAAAAAGUAUUUUAAUUUGUACGAUUUUUAGAUUUAUUACAUCAUAAAACCCGAGGGUCGUUUAUAAAUUCUCGAUCCUGAUGCGAUUUAUAAAUCCCCCACGAUGGAUUUUCAUGAGCAUUUAAAGAGAAGGAAGUGCUCAUUAAAAAAAAAAAAAGUUAGUCUUAACUUUAAUCACAGUUCUGCGCUGCUGCGGUCUAGGAAAAAUGAAACCAAUAACACACUGAGUAAAUGCCUCUGUGGGAUCGGAGGACUUCUUUGACUUUGUUUUAAAGGUUAUAUAUUUUGUGAUCAGAUUAUCACAACAUGGUGUUGUCUGUAAUCAAGUAUUCCAUAGGCUCAGUAUUUCUGGAGGCAUGAGGUUGUACACACGACUGGGAGAGGUCUGGGAUUUCUGGCGAGCUGCUUCAGUCUAAAAUCUGACCGAAUGAUGUAACGGACAGGAGAAUAAUGAGAACACUGACCUCUUCUCCUGAGUGUGAACGCUGGCAUCUGAAACCCCUGAGGGACAGUAAGGAAGCAGUCAUCUCUGGCUUGUUGUUUGUUGUUGUAUCGCCUCUGUUGGUACAUAUCUGGACAAGUAUUUUUGCUGCCUUCAGCUCCAAGGUUCAGGGUUCGAUCCUGAGCUCAGGUUACUGUGGGUAACCACCUCCCAAAAACAUGCAGGUUAGGUCUAUGGCUAAGAGUAAUUGCCCCUAAAUGUGAAUGUGUAUAUGUUAGACUGUGCGUGUGUCAGAGAGAGAGAGAGAGAGAGAGAGAGAGAGAUUGUGUGAGACUGUGUGUGUUUAAGAGAGACUAUGUGUGUGAGAGAGAGAGACUGUUUGUGUUUGAGAGACUGUGUGUAUGAGAGAGAGUGUGUGUGAGAGACCGUGUGUAUGUAUGUGAUGACCUAGUAUCUCCUCCGGUGUGUAUCUCUGCCUCACACCUCAGUGUUUCUGAGAUCCGCAGCUACGCUGACCAUAUAAGCAGCUGGUGAGAGAGAUUUUGGAAAGAAAAUGGACAGGCUGCCUAAAUGUCAUCAGUCAUAUAAGCUUGAAGUUGAUUAUACACUUACAGCAAUUUGCUGUUAUAUUUUUAUACACCUCACUGUCCACUUCAAUAGGAACACCUGCACACCCGUAAACCCAUGCAGCUGACCAGCACGAUGUGUAGCAUCUCAGCAUGUAGGACAGGUCAAACCUUGAGGUGGAUGAGCGGAACAGCAGAAGGACUGAGCGAAGACUUUAUUCAGAGGUUUGACGUGAACAAAACGGCUCUUGAGCUGCAUAGAUAACUGCAGGUGUUCCUAAUAAAGUGGACCGUUAGUAUAUACCGAUAAUGAAUAUGAAUGAACAACAUCAUGCCCUCAAACAAUACCGUACUGCACAUCGGUCUUUAUUGUAUUAACUGUAGGUGAGUCAAAUGAAAGCCUGUUUUUUGGGUCAUUUUUUGCACAGAAAUAUCGCUAAAUCAUUUUGUGCCUCGUUUUUGUCCCCCUCUGCCUCCUGUGAAGUAAAAUACAGUGGUGUUCAGCCUCUUUCUCUUAAUCAUGUCGCACUUUUAAGGCUUUCAUUCGACCCAUCCGUUUAUUUAAAUCCGAUGUAUUAAAUGUAUUCGUGUUUGGAUUUGGAUUUGAACGACAGAACUGCAAAUUCAACCACAUGAUCUUUUUAAUAUAAUCAUUUCCUUGAGAUUUUUUUUAUUUUAUUUUUUUUGCCAAAACUUUCAUGUGAUGGACAUCCAUGCCAUUUUAGCUGAUAGAAAAGAUACUUUAACCUGUAAAGAUUUUAAUCUUCUAUUUCUUUGCUUAUAUUUCUCCUGCUUUUUUUUUUUUUUUGCAGUAAAUUUGCCUGGCAGUAUUUCAACUUUCUACAGUGUUCACUGAUUGUUAUUUACACUGAUGAAAAAUAAAGAAUAAAAGCGCUUUCCGAAUGUCACACAUACAGUCUGUAGAGCUGCUUCCUGGUUUCGUUUUCAAAAUGGAGUUAUAUGAAGCAUGAAAGUAUUAAUACUGAUAAAGGUAGUCAUUUGGAGAGGAAACACAGUGACCCAUGUGCCUCAGACUCUGGAUUAGCAGUAAUGUGAAAUGAUGAGAGGAACAUGAUAUCACUGUACAUUGGAAGUAUUCACAUUUCUGGUAUCAAAACAUCAAACCUUGAGGUAGAUUAGCUACUUCAGUAGAAAUCCAACUCAGGUUCCUUGUCAGAUUUCAUUCCAAGAACUCUGAGGCUAUCAUGGGCUGCUCUUUUUCCAGACUUUGGUUCCGAUUGUGUGUUUUUUUUAAUCACCUUAGCAGUGCUGUGUUUACAAAAU